AUGGAUACUUCUGAAUCCACAAAUAAAGACGCCAAAGACCCGUCUCCAGCCGAAUCAUUGCAAUCCGACCGCUUACCUGAAAAUACCGAGCCAAGUGCUUCUCGUCCAAAUACAGAGUCACCGUACACAAGUGCUUCUCCCUUUACAGAAACAAGUAUAAGCAGAGGCCAGACACCAGACGCGUCCGAUUUUUACGCCAGCGAUGACUCCUACUCGGACCUGAGGCAGACCCCUGAUGCUAGCGAUGAUGAAGCUAACAAAAGGCAGGGAAAUCUAUUAGCGGUGGAGAGGGCUACAAAACGAAGCCGCACGGACUCAGAUGAUUACGAUCCACAGAACCCAGCAGGAGUAAGAAAAGAGAAAGUCCGGAAGAGAGUAGCCGGAAAAGUUAUUGAGAAGCUCUGGUCUGUUCUAGAUCGAGACUCUUUCAAGUCAUUCGAGAACCUAUGCGAUAUGUCUCUGAACAAAGUUCUUGAGCGGUAUGGAACCAGUCCUGCCCAACGACCCAAAGUCAUGGAGGCUCAGCGCAUUCUUGCUAACCACUGGAUUAGCGAAAGGAACCCACGUUCAUUUUUGGCUCGGCUCAGCGUAACUAAACUACCGCCUCUCAAGUCGCUACAUGUGAGAAUGAAGGGAUCGGAGACCGUUAAUUAUGAUCCGCUCAGUAUUGAUAGCGUACUUCACAAAAAGGCAAUGUGUGAAGCAUAUCUUCUGGCGGAACUUAAACAGCUAGAAAGCUUAGAGUCGAACUUCCGUGCUUUGCAAUCUACAUAUGAGCUGGACUCCAAGUAUCUUCAUGACUUCAAGAAAACAACAAGUUCUUUACAGGCACAAAAUGCAGCUGAAAAGCUGGAGAAAAUGAAGCAGCUACAUUUGGAUGGGAUUCCCUCUCUUACUAAAAAUGUUCACUUGGAGGCACAACCCCAACUGGGAAGCUUGAGCGGGUUUCUGCCGAAUAAGGAUGAAGAAGUUCUGCUUCUACUACAGAAUAUUAACAAAAUAAUCGACGACAAAAGAGAACCCAUGCGACAAAUGUUGGAGUCCUGCGACCAACUUGACGUUAUCCUGAGCAAACUCAACAGCUGA